GACUCUACUACUACGUCUUGUACAGAAUGGCGAGAGACAUUACUCAUGAACUGAUGAGCAGAGCAGAGCAUGGCAUGGAAGUGACUUGUCGCGGUUUGAUCGCCUCGAUUGUCUCCGAAAAAUUGAAUAUCUACUUCCACCGUCGUUAAUCGCUGCCUUUCUAUGCCUGCGUUUUCGAACACAGCAAGGAAGACGAAGUUGCAGAGAUUGAGUAAAAGAAAGCUUCGAUCGCUCUGUUCUUUCUGAGAGAGAGAGAGAGAGAGAGAGAGAGCUCAUUCUAGUUCUAUUUUUGCUUUUGUUUUCCUCAUCUAGGUAUCCAAUUCGUUGCAUUUUGUUUGAUUUACAAUGCACGAGAUUCUUGGUUUUCUUUUGUUUCUGGAAAUAAUUUUGUAGUCUAGUUCGGAUCUUGGCUACGGAUCUGAAAUUUUCAUCUAUUGUUUGCUUAUUGGUGAUAUUUCUGGAUUUCUGAUCUAUAGAAGCUCUUCCCGGACCAUGUGAACUAGAAGAUGUAAAAUGGUAUAGGGUUCCCUGUAUGCUUCGAAAUAAAAGUUGAGCUAUGGCUUCAUUUCGACGAACUCUAUCCCCUGCUGCUCAUCACGACCGUUCUUACCAAAACGGGGGUGGUCCAUUUGCGGUUCAUUCUCCAACUCAUAAGCUUUUCUCUGGUUCCAACUACUCUUCGAGUUCGCCAUCUUUUGCUGUGUUGGGUGUUGGAUUCCGCCGAUUCCUGCCGGGGAUUUUCUUGCCUAGAUACUCACGCAAGGGGCAUCCACCAUGGACGAGAUUCUUCCUUCGGUUGUUACUGUGUUUUGUUCUGGGUUUCGUGCUAGGGCUCAUGCCAUUUGGUGAUGUCGAAGACAUUAGGCGACAUGACUUACCGUAUGAGAUCAAGCCGCCCACUUUUAAUGUACAAAAGGGUCUUGAUGGUAUCGUUGGGCCGGAGAAGGUCGUAUUGGCGACAAUGAACCUAGAUCUCGAGACCAAGUCUGAAAUAAAAGAUCCACUCGAUGUUGUCCCGCUGAAGCAGUUAAUAAUUGUAACUCCGACAUACAAUCGGCCUCUCCAAGCAUUCUAUCUCAAUCGCUUGGGUCAGGCAUUGAGACUUGUUCGGCCGCCUCUUCUGUGGAUUGUGGUGGAGAUGAACUCAGCUUCAAAGGAAACUUCAGAAAUUCUGAGUAAGACUGGUGUUAUGUAUAGGCAUCUUGUGUGCUCCAAGAAUUUGACAAACAUAAAGGAUAGAGGCGUACACCAACGAAACAGGGCUCUCGAGCACAUUGAAUUCCAUCAUCUAAAUGGGAUUGUCUACUUCGCAGACGAUGAUAAUAUCUAUUCUCUUGAACUAUUUGAAAGCGCGAGAGAAAUCAGACGCUUUGGCACUUGGCCUGUUGCUAUGCUUUCUCAGAGCAAAAACAAGGCGAUACUGGAAGGUCCAGUAUGUAAUAUGAGUCAAGUAAUUGGAUGGCACACAAACGAGAAGAGUAAGAGGCUCAGAAGGUUCCAUGUUGAUAUGUCUGGAUUUGCAUUCAACAGCACCAUCCUAUGGGAUCCCAAGAAAUCGCGCCGUCGAACUUCAGAACCUAUAAGGCAGCGAGACACAGUGAAGGAGGGAUUUCAAGAGACCACUUUUAUAGAGCAGGUGGUGGAAGAUGAAAGUCAAAUGGAAGCCAUACCUCUUGGCUGUUCAAGGGUGAUGAAUUGGCAUCUCCAUUUGGAAGCUCGUAAUCAUGUUUAUCCUAAGGGUUGGGUAGUUCAGAAGAACCUUGAUAUUGUAGUCCCCCUGAAGUGAUGCAACUACAACUCUGAUAUUGACAUACUGAGACAGUGCUUCAAUUGCAUCUAGUAUUUCUUGGCUCCCCAUUUUCUCUGCUGAUGAUUAGCACCGAGUCCACUGUUAGGCAUCAGCAAUCUUGGUAUAUACAGGAAGUCAUCUAGCACUAAGUGGACAGUGAGUGAUUUGUAUUUCAAAAAAUUCAUCCGCUUAAUAUUCUUUUGCAGGAAGCCGCACUCAAAUCUUCUUGUAAAGUUUUAUCUUGUGCAGAGUCAGCACUGCAUCCAAAUGGGCUGUCUCAGUUGAGUAUGUCUGAUUUAUAUAAAUACCAUGUCAAUGAACUGGCCUUGUAUCAUCAAGUAGAAGCCCCGUUGUAUCCCCGCAGCAAUAUCAGUGUUACAAUCUUUUUUUUUUUAACAAAAUUGCUUCAGUGCUAUAAAUUUUGUUUCAAGAAAUUGUUUCAGUGAUAUAAAUUUCAUUUCAUGAA